AUGGGUGAAAAAAAUGACUCUGAGGUGGAGGAGAGACCGAAAUGGGACAACAAGUUUCAGUACUUGUUAACAUGUAUUGGCUUUGCAGUAGGACUUGGAAACAUCUGGCGUUUUCCUUACCUAUGCCAAAUCUACGGAGGAGGUGCUUUCCUCAUCCCCUAUCUGAUAGCGCUGGUGUUUGAGGGCCUCCCUCUGCUCUACCUGGAGCUGGCUAUUGGACAGAGGCUCCGCAUGGGCAGCAUCGGUGUCUGGAAAUCCAUCUCACCGGCACUGGGUGGAGUCGGAAUCGCCUCCAUAUUUGUGUCAUUCCUGGUGAGCCUUUUCUACAACACCAUCCUUUCCUGGGUGCUCUGGUACUUCUUUCACUCCUUCCAAGACCCCCUGCCAUGGAGCCAGUGUCCCCUCAAUGCUAACCGCACAGGCUACAAUUUGGAGUGUGAGAAGAGCACUGCAGUGAAUUACUUCUGGUACCGCGAGACCCUGAACAUCACACCUGACAUUGAGAUCAGUGGCUCCAUGCAGUGGUGGUUGGUCGUCUGUCUGGCCACCGCCUGGUGCGUGGUCUACAUCUGCUUCAUCAAAGGCAUCGAGUCCAUGGGAAAGGCUGUGUAUGUGACAGCCACAUUCCCUUACCUGGUGCUGACUAUUUUCCUGAUCCGUGCCCUUACUCUGCCUGGAGCUACCGAUGGGCUGGUGUAUCUCUUCACGCCUGAUUGGGAGAUACUGAAGAACCCUCAGGUGUGGCUGGACGCUGCCACCCAGAUCUUCUUCUCUCUCUCUGUGGCCUUUGGAGGUCUCAUAGCUUUUUCCAGUUAUAAUCCACAGAAAAACAACUGCGAGAGGGACGCUGUUCUCGUCGGAGUAAUAAAUAGCGCCACAUCUCUCUACGCCUCCAUUUCCAUCUUCUCCAUCCUGGGAUUUAAAGCUACCAACGUCUUCAACUCCUGUCUAGAGGAAAACAUCUUGGCUCUGACCAACCACUUUGAGUUUUCAGACCAGAACAUAACUCGUGAAAACUAUGACUACUGGUUUAACUAUUUAAACGAGACAUCUCCAGAUGGGGUGGCCAAUUUGUCCCUGAGGACCUGUGAUCUGCAAAAAUUCCUUGACCAGAGCGCGUCAGGUACCGGCCUGGCUUUCAUCGUGUUCACUGAAGCAGUGAUAGAGAUGCCAGGCUCUCAGGUAUGGGCAUUAUUGUUCUUCGUCAUGCUCUUCAGCUUGGGCCUCUCCUCCAUGUUUGGCAACCUAGAGGGAGUUCUCACACCCAUCAAUGACCUAAAACUAGUGCCCAAGUGGAUGCCGAGGGAGGUCGUAACAGGGAUCAUCUGCUUGAUAUCCUUCUUGACGGCACUCAUCUUCACCCUGGGUUCAGGAAACUACUGGGUAGAGGUCUUUAACAGCUAUGUGGGCUCUGUGCCUCUCCUCAUCGUUGCCUUCUGUGAGAUCAUUGCAGUUAUUUAUAUCCACGGCAUGAAAAAUUUUAGCGACGACAUCUUAUUCAUGACUGGGUCGAGGCCCAACAUCUACUGGAGGGCAUGCUGGAUGGUGAUCAGUCCUGUUAUGCUCUUCGUGGUGUUGGUUGCCUACGUGGUCAUCCAGGCACAGAAACACCCUAUGUAUCCCUCAUGGAACCCAGAUUAUGAAGAUUUCCCAAACAAUGAAUGGAAGCCCUACCCAGACUGGGUGUUUGCCAUAAUCGUCCUCCUCUGUGCAGUGCCUGUAGUUUCCAUCCCUCUGGUGGCUCUCUACGAACUGAUCCGCUGGAGAAUCAAGAAGCCCUCUGCUCAUGCUUAUCCAAACUCCUACAGCAAUGACGGCUUUGAGAUUGAAACACACGAGCAGAAGACCCAGAGAGCUUGA